AUGACCCGCGGAGAGAGCACCAGAUCCAAGGUCCACUACAAGGGCAAUAGCGAUGACUUCCUCGUCUUUGUCGACGAUGAGGCAUCGUACAAGAAGUGGAAACUAGGUGACAGCUCCGUGCCUUUGGCCGACUUUGUUGCCGCUUUCCAGGUCUUUCAAACACACAAGCAAGGCUCCCAGGGCACUUAUGACACCGCUCCCAAGAAUAUCCUACAUGCCGAAUUCGGCACUGACAACACGGAUGAUGUCAUCACGAGAAUCCUCAAGCACGGCUCUAUCCAGUCCAUGGAGAUGCCUGGGCGACAGGGUCCCACAAACGAUAGCAUGAGUUCCAUGAGGGCCAAGUAA